AUGGUUUUACGCGAAAAUGUGGAGGUCGCAAAGGGUCAUAAAGCGCUACGAAAUGAUGAGGAAUUAGCAAAGAGCCUACUUAGAGAAGUGCAUCAAAGGGAUUUGAAAGAAGUACAAGAAGAUAAAUCAAUGAUAGAAUUGAACUUAAAUCAACUCAAUCUCGACAAACAAUGGAUAGCAACAUUAAUUGGAAACUCAAGAGGGGAGAAAGCAUACGAAAAAUUUUUUGACGAUCCAUCUGUCCAAAAAUCUAUCAGUGAGGCAAGUACAUUGAUAACCAGAUUGAUAGUGAAAGAAAUGCAGUUGAAGCUACAAUUUGAGGAAUUGGAAAAAGAAAUUAGAAAAUAA